AUGGCAUCGGGGAGUGGCUAUUGGAUGGGCGAUGACCAACAACAACAGAAUUGGAGUGGAUACAAUCAAAAUCAAAAUGAUUGGUAUGCCCAACAGCAAUCGACGACUGGCAGCCAAGACAUGGGCUGGGGACAAUUCGACUACUCGCAGCCACAACAACCGAGUGCGCCACAGCCGAACCCAGCGAACAACUACUACUCUCAGCAAUCGUCAUAUGGUGGAUAUCCACAGUCAGGGAACAUGUUCAUUCCAGGACAGCAACCGGCACCAGCUGGCAAUGAGGGAAUUGAGGAUUUCGAGAAUGAACCCCCACUUCUCGAGGAGCUCGGCAUCAACUUUUCACAUAUUAAGGAGAAGACGGUUGCUGUGUUGAAUCCGAUGGGAGGUGCAUCGGUGGAUGUGAUAGCUGAUCAAGAUCUCGCUGGUCCGCUCGUAUUUUGUCUUCUUUUUGGUGCUGCACUUUUGCUACACGGGAAAAUGCAGUUUGGCUACAUUUAUGGCAUUGGUGCUCUCGGAUGUGUGGGCAUGUAUGCUCUAAUGAAUUUGAUGGCAGGUGAUAAGAGCAUCUCUUUCACAUGCACAACCUCGGUACUCGGAUAUUGUUUGCUACCUAUGGCGCUCUUGAGUCUUAUGUGUGCGGUGCUUUCAUUUAAGGGUAUUAUUGGCUAUUCGGUGUCGUUGUUGGCAGUACUAUGGUGCUCGGUGGCUUCAUCGAAGUUGUUUGUGAUAGCUUUACAGCUCGAUCAUCAACGAUUACUCGUCGCCUAUCCAUGUGUGUUACUGUAUUCGGUCUUCGCGCUGCUUGCCAUUUUC